CGUGGCUCCUCCCCUCCUUGAUGAAAGGCUGCUGGCUGCUCGCCUCCUCGCAGUGUCGGUGCUGGCAGAGGAGCUGUGAGUCUGGACUUCAAUUCUUCUCUUGUUUCCAUCAGGAAGUCCAAGCAUGAAGACCAUCCUUGCUGCCUACUCGGGGGUGCUGAAAGGCACCGGCUCCAGCAUCCUCUCCUCCCUGCAGGACCUGCCCUUGGCCUUCUGGCCAUGCGGAUCCAAGAUGGAGAAACAUCUCCAGGUCAUCUCUGUGCUGCAGUGGGUGGUCACCUUCUUAGCCUUGGGAGCAGUGUGCACGGUGCUGUUAAUCUACAUGUUCUGCACUGAUUGUUGGCUUAUCGCUGCCCUUUACACCGCCUGGCUCAUUGUUGACUGGAACACCCCCAAACAAGGUGGCAGGAGAUCGUCAUGGGUGAGAAGUUGGACGGUGUGGACUUACUUCCGAGACUAUUUCCCAAUCCGGCUAAUUAAAACCCACAACCUGCUGCCCAACCGGAACUACAUAUUUGGCUACCAUCCACAUGGCAUUUUCUGUUUCGGGGCUUUCUGCAACUUUGGCACCGAGGCCACGGGCUUCUCCAAGAAGUUUCCGGGCAUCAAGCCGUCCCUGGCAACUUUAGCAGGAAACUUCCGGAUGCCUGUCCUACGAGACUACUUGAUGUCUGGAGGUAUCUGUCCAGUGAACAGGAACUCCAUCGACUACCUGCUGACGCGCAACGGUACAGGAAACGCUGUGGUCAUCGUGGUGGGAGGCGCGGCGGAGUCCUUACGCUGUGCACCGGGCAUGAACUCUGUCAUCUUGAAGAACCGGAAAGGCUUCGUGAAAAUGGCCCUACAGAAAGGGUCUGACUUGGUUCCGGUGUAUUCCUUUGGGGAGAAUGAUGCCUACAAGCAGGUGAUCCUGGAGGAGGGGACCUACUGGAGAGGUCUCCAGAAGAAGUUACAGAAGCUAUUGGGCUUUGCCCCGUGCCUUUUCCACGGCUGUGGCCUCUUCUUUGGCGACUCCUGGGGUAUCGUGCCAUACGGCAAACCAAUCACGACCAUAGUUGGGGAGCCGAUCACAGUGCCAAAAAUAGAACAUCCCUGUGAUGAGAUGGUGGAUUUGUACCAUUCCAUGUAUGUCAAGUCCCUUCAGUGCCUGUUCGACAAGUACAAGACCCGCUUCGGCUUGAAGGAGAGCGACGUCCUGUACAUCGAGUGAAAAGGAAGCACGUAGAGCUGUGGCAGUAUAGCUUCCGAACCCCUUGUCCUCCCUUUUCGGACCUGACCUCAUCCCAGUCCUAUUUCGGUGCCUGGUUUGGAUUGUUUUCCGACUCUGAACUCCACACAGGAGCACGUUUGCUUAAGAAACCUUUGCUCCCUGCGUUGUCUCUCAACGCAAAUAAGCAUAGAUUCUGCUCAGGUGACUGGCUGGCUGCAAGGAACGGUAUAGUAGGCUGGACCAGCAUUCCUCAACACCACAGGUGCCUUUUGUGUCUUUUUUUUUUUUUUGCAUGUUCUUAAUGACACCAGGUGUAUGUCUUUCAGGUGUGUGUGUGUGUGUUGGCGGAGGAGGGGGGGCAAGUUUGGUGAAACAAACUUUGAAACAAGUGCCAAAGUUUUGUGUAACUUGUGCGAGGGUGUAUUUCUCACAAAGCUCUUUGAGAUUCUACUACAAAAUAAAAGCACAACCAAUGCAUGUUGAGUACCACUAUAACACUAGGAUAUACAAAUCCCAAAGCUGGGCGGUGGGAGGAAUACGUAUUUGAUCCCCUGCUGGUUUUGUAAGUUUACCUGCUUACAAAGAUAUGAGUUGUUUAUGGUAGUUUGUUUUAACUGAUACUGCAGAAUAAAAUAAAGGUGUUAAAUGUAUUUGAGUGAAAUAAGUAUUUGAUCUUGGUGGAGAAACCCUCCUGUAAUCCAUUCCAGUCUUGCGCAGGUCUACAAUCUGGUCUCUUGAGGUCCUUCAACAGCUCUUUGGUGGUGUAGAAAUGAUUUGUGGGAAGAUGGCUUCUAUACACCUGAGUUAGGAGUACUUUCUUAAAGGGACAGGUGUUAGGACUGUAAGGUGUCAUGUAGGGCAGUGUUUUUCAACCACUGUGCCGCGGCACAUUAGUGUGCCGUGAGAUACAGUCUGGUGUGCCGUGGGAGAUUAUCUCAUUUCACCUAUUUGGGUUAAGAAUAUUUUUUGCAAACCAGUAAUUAUAAUCCGCAAAAAAUGUGCCGUUGUUGAGUGUCUGUACUGUCUGGGGAUUGGCAGACUUACCACGUUAUACUCUUCCAUAUCAGUAGGAGGCAGCAGGUAGCUAAUUGCUUUGUAGAUGUCAGAAACAGCGGGAGGCAGAGUGCAGGUAAAAAUGUAUCUAAUGCUUAAACCAAAAAUAAACAAGAGGUGAGAGUCCUUAAGAAAAGGCAUUGAAGCUUAGGGAAGGCUAUGCAGAACGAAACUAAAACUGUACUGGCUACAAGGUAAACAAAAACAGAAUGCUGGACGACAGCAAAGACUUACUGUGGAGCGAAGACGGCGUCCACAAAGUGCAUCUGAACAUGACAUGACAAUCAACUAUGUCCCCACAAAGAAGGAUAAAAACAAAUGAAAUAUGCUCGAUUGCUACAACAAAGCAUAGCGGCCAAGGAAGACAUGAAACUCCUACAGGAAGAUACCAAAUAAAGAGAAAAAGCCACCUAAAUAGGAGCGCAAGACAAUAAGUAAAACACUACACACAGGAAAACCGCAAAAAAGUCCAAAUAAGUCAGGGGGUGAUGUGACAGGUGGUGACAGUACACCUACUUUGAGACAAGAGCUAUAUUGAUGCAUGCUUGGUUAUGGUUUAAAUUCAUAUCCAACAAUUGCGACAACGACUUUUUACUGUCAAUAUGGGCUGCUGAGUUUAAUUUUUUAAUGAUUUCUGCUGGUGGUGUGCCUCCGCAUUUUUCAAUGAAGAAAAUGUGCCUUGCCUCAAAAAAGGUUGAAAAACACUGAUGUAGGGGACCAUAGAACAAAGGUCACCAACCCGUACCAGUCGAUCUUUGGGACCUUUACAGUUGAUCCCUAAAAUAUUCGGGGCGGGGGAAUGCAUCAUACAGGGCUGGGCGAUAUGGCUGAAAACUGUAUCACGAUAAGUGUUUUAUAUUGGUCGAUAUCAAUAAUUAUUGAUAACUUUUAUGACCUAUUGAAAAUAAGAUUUUCAAUGUAAACAUUUGUAUUUAAAAUAUACCCUUUCUCUGAUUAUAAUCCCCUCCGCUAUCAAGGCCAAAAGGAAAGGAAAUGUCAACACAACCAGGGAAAACAUUCAAAGAACGUAAGCAAAAUGAUAAAAUCACAUUGGACAAUUAAUAACUUCUCGAAAUCAUGGUGCAAAAAUAAGGAGUAUGCAAGAAAUGCUCAAAGUGUAACAAAAUAGUGUGAAAAUGUAAACAUUGAGCAACCGGAGAAGAACGAUUUUUUUUGCAGGUUUACUGCCAGGAAGUCAUAGCUGUGCUCUUAAGGUGGUGUGGUAUUACGAAGUACGAGUGCCUUGGUCUGACUACGGUCUGUUUUUAAAAUAAUAAAAGAAACUGCCAUACUGUCUAGGUGACUUUUCUUGUGUUGUCGAUCAAACACUCGUUUUUUUAUUUCUCUUCUCACUCAAGAAUCAACCCCCGAGACAACAAAAUGGCACAUCCAAACUUGAUAGUUGAUACUGUUACCAGACUGGCUUGUUAGCGCGUCACUCCCACUGAUCAGUGACCACUGCUCUUGUAACCGAGCAACGCAAGAAGGAGUGACUUUGUUAAUGCAACCAAUCUUGCUUCGCAACUUCCGUUUUUUUUACAAUGUAGAAGAAGAAUAAAACAAUUCUCGUUUUAUCGAACGCAUUUUUUUAAUUGAUAGCAAUUACGUGUCUGAGCUAUAGCUGCCCCUGAAGGUUCCCGAUCAUAACAUGUAUUUCCUGCACUAAAACUUGGAAAUUGACAACAGGACAAAUGUGUGUUUAAUGGGAUUUUUAACUGGUCAGUAAUACUUAUUUCACUCAAUAUCUAAUUAAUUAAUUUAA